AUGGCUAGUGAGGAAGAGAGUUUUCUUGUCUUAGUGCAUUGCUCUGGGAAAAUCCAAAAAAGCAAAAAAUAUGGUGUGAAGUUCACUGACAGAGAACCACUGAGUGUUUUCAUCAAUUCAUCAAGCACUUUGUCAGAUUUGAAGAACAGCAUCUUGCAGAAGCUUGGGGUAUUUGGUAGCAAGAAUUUUUCGGAGGUCAGAAUACACGAGUUGUUCGCAAAGUUGGAGGUUGGUGUCGAUAGUUCUAGGGCAUCAGCUCUAGUUCAUAGCUCGACUGCCGCGGGAGGUGCGUCUAGUUCGAUGCCUGUGGUCAGACCAUCUAUUCCGCUGGUCGCAUCCCCUUCAUUCGCGGCUGAGUUAGAUCGAAUGGAGGUUGUCGGUUCUGUACCUUUGGAGAAUCCAGGGGUCUAUGAGCAGGCAUAUGAGGUGGGCACCGGUGGUGGCUUGAUUCAUGAUGUGGAAGGCUUUGGAGAACCGGAUCGAGUAGAGAAUGCAAUGUGUGACGACGACUCUGACCAGGAGCCUGUAGAUAUCGUUGGGGACAGCGAUGAUGACACAGGUGCCAAUCCACAUACACAGCAUGGGCAUUCAAGUUCUGGCACUCAACAGUACCCUCCACACUUCUCCACUCUUAACUUGGAGGCUCUGGGUCAACAGGCGGACGGUGGUCCUACAAAUAAAGAUGAGGCUGUCUUGAGUGUGAAGGACUAUAGCAUCCGUCGAGGUGUUCAGUACAGAGUCAUCGAAUCAGAUCAUCCGAAGUAUCAUGAAAAAUGCAAGGAGUUCGGAAAGGGUUGUAGUUGGUUGAUUCGCGUAGCGCUGCGUGCACAAAAGGGCACUUGGGAGGUUAGGAGGUACAACGGGUCACACACUUGCUUGGCAACCUCCAUUUCCAGUGAUCACCGUCAGCUGGAUUACCACGUUAUCUGUGCGAGGAUUCUUCCCUUGGUUAGGGCAGAUGCUGCGGUUACGGUAAAGGUCUUGCAACAAGCUACAGAAGCCGAUUAUGGUUUCAGGCCUAGUUACAGGAAGGUUUGGAUGGCCAAACAGAAGGCAGUGGCACAAAUCUAUGGAGACUGGGAAGAUUCGUACGCGGAGUUGCCACGUUGGAUGCUAGGGGUACAGUCGACCAUGCCCGGGACAGUUACUGUGUUGAAGACUUCUCCUGUUCGACUUGGGGGUGCGGUUGAUGAGUCAACCGUGUACUUUCAUCGACUUUUUUGGACAUUUCCAAGCGGAAACCCGAAUCCAUCAAGCCCACUAGGCCUCAAAGUGGGAAACCUCCAGAAAAUUCAAGACUGUAGAAGUUGUAGUGGCCCAGCCAAGUUAACAACGUUUUUGUUUGUCCCACGACAAAGACAUCUAUACAACCAGGCCAGUGCCGCCGAGCCCCAGCUAUAUCUGCCCAACUUGUCCAACAAUGCCAAAUAA